AUGAGUGAAGGAACAGAAGCAAAGAGGAUGAGGCCCCAAUGGGUGGUUUUGAGUGUCCUCGAAGAGGGCCUAAGGAGGGAACCAGAGCUCGUGGAAGCCUUUGUGGUGACACUUGAGGAUAAGAAAAGUCUCACAAAGUGCAUGGAGGAAAUCACAAAAGCCCUGCCAAUUCCGGAAUUUGCGCAUCUCAAGCGAAUCCGAGGGCGAGAUGUUUUACUGGGGAGUGUGGAAAAAUUUCCCAAAAUGAAUGAUGGAGGAGUUUAUCUGCGGCAGAAGGGAUUAAGUGAGACACUGUUGGAGAAAUUCACACAGAUAAGGCGGGAAAGUGUGCCAAGAUGCGUACCAAUACUACGAUGGCAAUUUAAGAUGGCAUCCAAGUACUGGCCAUGUAAAUUUCAUCCUGAUAAAUAUCUCGAGUUGCUCUACAGCAACAAAAUGUUCUCUAAUCACCAAGUAAACUUCCAUAUCGCCACCAUGGAGAUGUGUCUCAAGUUGAGCGAUAAGCACCCCAAUCCUGCGAUAGUUGUUGAUCCCAGGGACGGUGGGAUCGUCACUGUGGCGUGGUCUCAAGUCCAGAGGCAUCCCCUCGCUCAUACCCCCAUGGUGGCUAUUGAUAGUGUGGCCAGGAGUCAGGGUGGAGGCGCCUGGGAGUGUGACGACGUGACCCAAAUCACUGAAACAGUUCGCCAGGAGCUGAAAGGACUCACCUACGAUGGGGGAAGCUGUGGGAAUCUCGACAAAUACGGACCGUACCUCUGCACAGGAUACGACGUCUACCUACUGCAAGAGCCUUGCAUAAUGUGCGCCAUGGCAUUAGUCCACAGCCGCGUCCGGCGGGUUUUCUUCCACAGACAAUCGCCAAGGGGGGCUCUUGUGAGCAUAGUUCAACUACACACUGUCAGGGAGCUAAAUCAUCAUUACGAAGUGUUCAGAAUUGACUGA